UCGUAAACGGACAGCGCGUUCGCCGCGGCACUACAUCUCCCAGAGCGCAGCGCGGGGCCGGCCCUCAGUCGGCAGUGCGAAGCCUUCCUGAGUUGGAGGAUUCACUAUUUCCUGGUUUCAGCUGGCAGCCAUUUUGGGGUUACAGAGAGCUCGGGCUUGCGGCGCUUGUGUUGGCUUUGGGGGGUUAAUCCCGGGCCGUUGGGGGGACCUUAGUCAUUAGUAAUAUAGAUUUUUUACUUUGUUUUCUUUGUAGAUAUUAUUUUUCUUUUCUUUUUAAUCGCCCCCUCCCCCCUCUCCGAGCCGGUUUUCCUUGGCCAGCGUCGGGUCCCCGGUGUUUGGUGUGUGUGUGUAUUUCUGCAGACGCGGCGGGGAGAGCAGUGACAUGUCCAGCAUGAAUCCCGAGUAUGACUAUUUAUUCAAAUUGCUUCUCAUUGGAGACUCCGGUGUGGGGAAAUCUUGCCUUCUGCUUAGAUUUGCAGAUGACACAUACACAGAAAGUUACAUCAGUACAAUUGGUGUGGAUUUUAAGAUCAGAACUAUAGAAUUAGAUGGAAAAACAAUUAAACUUCAAAUAUGGGAUACAGCCGGCCAGGAAAGGUUCCGAACCAUCACAUCCAGUUACUACAGAGGCGCUCACGGCAUCAUUGUGGUGUACGACGUUACAGACCAGGAAUCCUUCAACAAUGUAAAGCAAUGGCUUCAGGAGAUAGAUCGUUAUGCCAGUGAAAAUGUUAACAAGUUGUUGGUAGGGAACAAAUGUGACCUAACUACAAAGAAGGUAGUGGACUACACAACAGCAAAGGAAUUUGCAGACUCUCUGGGAAUUCCAUUCUUGGAAACGAGCGCGAAGAAUGCGACAAAUGUAGAGCAGGCCUUCAUGACAAUGGCUGCCGAGAUCAAAAAGCGAAUGGGUCCUGGAGCUACAGCAGGUGGUGCAGAGAAGUCCAACGUCAAAAUCCAGAGCACUCCAGUCAAGCAGUCCAGCGGAGGUUGCUGCUAAAACGGCCUGCCCUCCCUCCUAAACCGCCCCAUGCCCUCCUCACAGCAGUGAAAUCUCAAUCUGAACCUAAGUGACAAAACAAAUUGCCUGAAUUGUACUGUAUGUAGCCGCACUACAGCAGAAUCUUACUGUCUCCCCAAAGGUCAGCGAUUGUAAACGCUCAAUACUGACUUUUUUUUUAUGCCCUUGACUCAAGACCGCUAACUUCAUUUUCAGAAUUGUUUUAAACCUUUUUUUUUUUUUUGUCCCUCACAAUGUGCUGGUUUCUCAAUGUGUGUAACCCUUGUUGCUUUACUAAUACCAGACUGUCCCCCUGUGGUUGUUUAAGAGCUCUAUUCACCCCCUCACCCAUUUAUUUUGCUCUUUCAUUUGGCAUGUUUAGGAGAUGGGUUUAGUUUUCUGAAGAUGAAGUUUAGCUAUUUUGUAUCAAACAGCACAACAGUGUCUGUCGGUUUCCAUGCAUCAAUAAAGUUUAGUGAGAUGUUCUAUGUAAGAUCUGAUUUGCUAGUUCUUUUCUUGUAGAGUUCUAAAUGGAAAGAUUACACUAUGGCCGGCCCCCUUAGUUGCCAAGAGCUCCAGAAGAGCCCCUCUGACAACAGAGACCUAUCUAAAUACCCUGCAUAUAAUUUGUGGCUGCAGAACAUUGUGACUUGUUGCACAAUAUGUAACAAACAACUGAAGAAAUGUUUAAUAAAUAUUGUACUCAUUGGAAGUAAUAUCAAACUGUAUGGUGAUAAGUAUUGUCUUAAUUUGUCUAGUAAUGGGGAAAAAUGAAGGUAUUUAGUAUUUUCGGCCAACACUGCCCUGCAUGUAAUUGAAGUUUACAUAUGGGUAUCUCGUAUACAAAACUAACAAGUGCUUAACUAACCCAAUCAAUUGCAACCACUAUAUUGUUUCAAUUGUGUAUACAGUCAUACAAGGCAAGUAGAUUAAUUAGAGAAUUGUACGAGGGAGAAAUUAGUGAAUGUGCAGUGUUUUCCCUAUUUUAAUAAUUCAAAUGUACAGGUUCCUUAGCUAUAUCAUUGGUUUUAUUUAGAUUCUGCAGAAGUGUACAGCAGUGCAAGUGUGACGGUGAUGUCCUUUUGCCAUGAAGUUUAUCUAUGCUGUUUCAGUUUAGGUUUUUUUUCUUCCUCCCCCACCACUAUUUAAAGUGCACCCUUUGUGUGUGUGUACACCAGUGGAGGCGGCCAUGUUAUUGUGGUCUUAACUCUUAUUCAUGUGAAUGCAACCCACACAAUGGCAGCCCCCAUGGCUAGGGGACAAGUACACUUUAAUCGUUGUUCCACUUUAUUCAUUAACUUCAUACCCAACACCUAAUGCCAGCUGUUCAGUCCCAAGCUUGAAAUGGCAAAUGUUAGUGUAUAAAUCCCUUAUAUAAAAUAGUAAGCGUGCAGAUGAAGAAGAAAAACAAACCACUGUAUCACAUAGAAAAUACACAACUUGUAUUUAACAGUGGUUUGGAAGAUUGGUUAAUCGGUCCUAUCUAAUGUAUAUAGCAAAUUUCUGUGGAUGGCGUAUAAAUCUGCUAACUUAUGCUACCUAUACAGGUUGAAAAUUGGAAACCCGUGUGUUUGUCUUUAAUGAAAAUAAAACUUGUUAACACUGAA